GCCGGUUAGCAAAAACGUCAAACAAACGCGAGUUUGUGGCCAUUUUACAUAAAAUUUUGUGCUAUUCGGUAAAAUAUUAUUGAAAAAUUAAAUCGCUUCAUAAAAUAGUUUUUAUUCGAUCAACAAAAAUAUGGCUCAUGAGCGUUCGCCGUCGACCGGGGCGGAUAAAGAAGGAAAGGAUGGAAAAGAAUCUACUGCAAAAGAUGUAAAGCCAAAGGUAAGCUCAUCGUCUAACUCAAAUCGUGGCCGGGAACGCGACCGUAGGAGGCGAGGCUCGGCAUCAUCAAGCAGCGAUAGUAGCGGCAGUUCGUCAGAUAGCAGUUCAUCCAGAAGUAGUUCUGGCUCAGGAUCACGAUCAAGUUCUUCAAGUUCCAGCGGAUCAUCCUCUUCGUCAUCUUCAACUUCAAGCGAUUCUGAUCGCAGCGUAAACAACCGACGACGUGCCGGAGGAGGAAAUUCAAACACAGCGCGUAAAAGUGGUUCGCGUUCACCUCGUCGGUCUAAAUCUCCUAGGGCCACAAGUAAGACACGUAAAGACAAUUCGCGCUCUAAAGAGCGUGAACGUGACAGAGACCGCGAUCGUGAGCGCAAUGACCGCGACAGAGAUCGGGAUCGCAAUGAGCGUGAUCGUCGACGAACUAGAUCACGAUCCAAGGAUCGUGCGCGUCGUACAUCUAACGAUCGCGGUGUAGGUAUAGGUACAGGAGCAGAUGCUGGAAAUGUCAAACGCGAACGGUCCAAAGAACGUGAGCGUGAACGACGUUCGCGUUCCGGCUCACGUUCUCCGCGUCGUCGUGCACGCAGUUCAGGGGAACGAAGUCCACCACAAAAGCGACGAGAGCGCACCCGUUCCCGUUCUAUCACACCAAAACCAGUGCGCAUUCAUGUAGGACGUUUAACGCGUAAUGUAACUAAGGAACAUGUAGUGGAGAUUUUUAGCUGUUUUGGAGAAGUGAAGAAUGUUGAAUUCCCAACGGAUCGUUAUCAUCCUACAUUUGGACGUGGUAUUGCUUAUGUAGAAUACGCUACACCAGAAGAAUGCGAAGCUGCCAUGAAACAGAUGGAUGGUGGUCAAAUUGAUGGACAAGAAGUUACUGUAUCGCCGGUAUUGACACCAAAAAUACGGCAACCUCUUAGGCGUCCAUCGCCGAUAAUGCGACGGCCAGCAGGCCGUUGGCGUUCACCUCCUCAAUUUAAUCGUUUCAAUAACAGAGGAAGACGAUCACCUCCGCGUGGAAGGCGUUCACCACGGCGUCGUUCCCGUUCUCCAGUUCGUCGCCGAAGACGCAGUAACAGCUCUGACAGUUCUCGUUAACAAAUCAAGUCAAUAAAUAGGAAACACUAACAAUGGAAGUUUUAAAGAUAAAUGCUAAUCGGUAAUCAAGAGACACAUUAUUCAUUUUAUAACUUGUUCUACGUUCUAUAUAAAUACUUGUAGCCUUACGUUUAUGUCGACGUAAAAAAUUAAAAAAUCAUGCAAUUUUAUUCAAAAUUUAAAAUUGUAUAAAAUCAUGCGUAAAGCUAUUGACAUAAAGACGCUUUUAAAAAAAAAAAGUUAAUGUGAAAACAGAAUUUGUAUAGUAGAACAGGAGUUAAAACUUUAAUUAAAAUCUUAUUUAAAUAU